AGAGUGUGGCGAGUGCGAGAGGAGCGUUGGCCGCCAGCUGGAGGGAGAGAGACAGUCGAUCUUUCUGCGACCUUUGGGGAGAAAAGGCAGCAAAACCCGCCCCAGCACGCCGCCCAGCCCCCGAGACACGCACGGCACGCAGGCAGCAGGCUGAGGCACGCACGCCCGGGCACAGGCGGCGCGGGAGGCAGCGCAGGAGGAGGAAAUAAGGCGUGGAGGGGAGAGUGGUGGUGGUGUGUGUUGCGUGUUGAGUGUUGCGUGUGUUGCGUGUGCUGGUGAGUGGUGUUGCCUUCACCACGGCGACCCCCCUAGACACACUGGCCUCCUGGCAGGACCCCCACGCCGGUGGACGAUCUCCGCCGCCCAGGAAGAGACGCAAACUUGCCCCAGAACAGCUGACUGGUGCCCUGGCCACUACUACCACCACCCACCACGACCACCACCACCACCACGCCUUGCACCACCACCACAGCCACCAUGCAGCAGCAGCAGCAACACCACCACGCAGCCACCACAGCAGCCUCCAACGGCCAGCAGAACGGCAGCACACAGGCAGAGGGGGCAGAGGGCGAUGGCGCACAGGCCCAGAACGGUGUGUCGGAGGAGGAGUGCGUGAGUCCGAAGCUUAAUACAGUGCAGCAAGAUAUGGUGCGCCUCAUUGGCCAGCACUUGGUGGAGCUCGGCUUGAGAAAAAGUGCCGACCUUCUCAUGUCUGAAUCUGGGUCCGCCCGCCUCGAUCAUCCUGCUGCUGCGCGUUUCCGGCACUGCGUCAUGGAGGGGGAGUGGGCCAAGGCUGACGCGGCACUGAACGAGCUACGGACAAUGUUAGAUGAUACCAACAGCCUGAAGGAGAUGAGGUUCUUAUUGCUGGAACAAAAGUACCUGGAGUGCUGGCUGGGGGGACAGGCCAUGGAGGCGCUCACCUGCCUACGCUCUCAGGUGACGCCCCUGCAACACAACAUGGAAAGGGUGCAUCAGCUGUCCAGCCUGAUGUUUAUGUCCAACCCUGAAGACCUGAGGACGGCAGCGCGGUGGUCUGGCAAGGGCAAGGAGUCCCGAAAGCAGUUAAUGGACAGGCUGCAGCACUUUCUUCCUCCCUCGAUCAUGCUGCCCCCUCACAGACUUGAGACACUAAUUCUUCAAGCAGUGGAGCAACAAAAGACCCAGUGUGCUUACCACAACUCCUAUACAGACAGCCAGGUGUUAGGGUCAGGUGGGUCACUGCUUACGGACCACUCCUGCCCACGUAAUGCCUUCCCCGGAACGACCAUCCAGGUGUUGUCGGACCACUGCGAUGAGGUGUGGAUCGCGCGGUUCAGUCCGGAUGGGUUCAAGCUGGCCACUGGUUCAAAAGACUCCACUGUCAUCAUUUGGGAAGUUGAUCCUGAGACGCUUACAGUCACCCGCCGCUUCACGCUGGACGGACAUUCAUAUGGGGUAGUGUACCUCGCCUGGAGCCCCGACAGCACCAAGCUCAUUGUGUGUCUGCAAGAGGAGGCCGCCGAGCUUAUGGUCUGGGACACAGAGAGAGGGGAGCAGAUCUGCAAGGUGUCCAACUCCCCGGAUGACUCCCUCACCUGCGCUGCCUGGCAUAAGGACUCAAGACGGUUCGUGUGCGGGGGUAUGCGGGGUCAGUUCUACCAGUGUGACCUGAACGGGCAGAUCCUGGACUCCUGGGAGGGGGUGCGGGUACAAUGCCUGGCCAUACAGAAUGACGGGAAGACUGUGCUGGCCUCCGACACACACCACCGCAUCAGAGGCUACCAUUUCGACGAGGUGCAGGAUCACAAUAUCAUCCAAGAGGACCACAGCAUCAUGUCGUUCACGCUGGACCUGACGGGAAACUAUGCCCUGCUGAACGUGGCGAACCAGGGGGUGCACCUUUGGGACCUUCGGAAUAGGACCCUGGUUCGCAAAUUCCGCGGCCUCACACAGGGCCACUACACCAUCCACUCCUGCUUCGGGGGAGAGUACCAGAACUUCAUUGCCUCAGGGAGUGAAGACAACAAGGUGUACAUCUGGCACCACAAGAGGGAGCUGCCAGUGGUGACCCUAUCUGGACACACCCGCACUGUUAACUGUGUCACCUGGAACCCCGUGUACCCAUCCAUGAUCGCUUCUGUGUCCGAUGACGCCACCGUGCGAAUAUGGGGACCCGCACCACAGUACAGAGGCAACAGCUCCACCAGAACACAGAACGGCACUAGCUCCGCCUCCAACGGGAGAGAGUCCGAAUCUCCGACUCACGCCUUCCUUAGCAACGGAGCGGCCGUCUAGUGCUCACACGGGCGGACAGACAGACAGACAGACAGUCCCAGCCCCCGCCACACGCCACACACUCAAUAUCUCGUCGUCAAGCCGCCGGUGCUGCCCCAGAACACCCCAGAACACCCCAGUAACCCCAGUACAGUGCCACAGGGGUGUACACAGUGCCGUAAUACAGUGAACCUUUGACGUUUGGUUUUUAGUCUGCUCCUCUCGUCCCGUCAGAGGGCAGGCGUGUGUUGGCCUCUCGGGGCGCCCUCGCCUUCACGUGUGUGGCCGGCGUGAGGGGCGGGUGUGUGCGUGUGUGUGUUGCUCUGGUGUGCUGGACGUUUUGCUAACCGUUACGUUGUCGGCUGGUUUUUCUGUUACUUUUUUUGGGUGUUGAAAGUUCCUCCGAGUCUGCCAGGAUGAACCGUCUGUGUCGCCGGGACCCCCUCACCUGCAGCCUGCACUCACCACUCACCACUCUCAGGAGAAACUGCCCUGCUGUGUCUCCCCGGAUGAAUAUUGAUCCUCACAUCGCCAGGACCUCCUCAGUAUCUGCCCUCCACUUCGCAAGACCUCUUCAACUUAUCUUAAUCCUCACCUGCCUCGAUCUUUACAUUUCCAGGACCUCUCCAACUCGUCUUAGCACCCUGUAUCUUACCUAUCCUGGCCACCACACCCACAGGACCUCUUAAACUCUUCUUAGCCUUCACUAUCUUCCCUAUCUAGACCUCCACACCCACAAGAUCUCUUCAACUCGUCUUAACCUUCACUGUCUUCCCUACCCUGGCUUCCACACCCACAAGAUAUCUUCAACUCCUCUUAAUCUUCACUGUCUUCUCUACCCUGUCCUCCACAUCCUCAGAACCUCCUCAGUACCUCUUAAUACCUUACCAGAACACACCCAGCUCUCCUUCAGUACCUCACGUCUCACCCAAACACUCUUAACACACUCCUACACUCGCCCAGUCAGUGAAGAAGUCUUGUUACGUAACUUCCUUCUCGUCGACGAAGGAUGCAAGAACAAUCAACGUUUUCAUAUCCUUCCUUUGUUCUUCCUUCAUCUUCUUCCACGACUUCAUUUACUGCAUAUCAUACCUCACCUCUCAUCCUCUGCCCAGCUUGGUGUGUUCAUAAUGUGUGUGUGUGUGUGUGUGUGUGUGUGUGUGUGUGUGUGUUUCUCUCUCAUUCUCAUAAACUUUCAUCUUUCUCCAUUUGUUUCCUCCUCCUCCUCCUCUUCCUCCUCCUCCUCCUCCUCCUCCUCCUCCUCCUCCUCCUCCUCCUCCUCCUCCUCCUCCAGCCAGCCAGCCAGCCCCUACAACAAGUGUAAAUAAGAAUCAUGUCGUCUGCCUCUCGGAACAUUACUCUGUGUGUGUGUGUGUGUGUGUGUGUGUGCGUGUGUGUGCGUGUGUGAUUCCCCUUGGCCACUCUUCCCUCUACUGCAGUGGAAGUUGAAGCCACGUGGCCCCCAUGUGUGGAGUUGAAUCAUCCACUCACCCACUGUCUUGAAUCUGAAGUGGAGACAAGUGGAGAGUGUAAGAUUUAAGUUUGUCAUUAUUAUUGUUUUUUUUCUUGUGUAAAUAUGUUUUUUUGUACUUGUAAUGUAUUGUAGAGGAAGGAAAGGUUACUGUAGGACCUGUGUGUGGGGCUGACAUGUUACAGGCAACGCGAGGGACUUGUAAUUGUAGCUGUGCAUGGAGUUUUGUAUUGCCUGUAGUACCACGGCUCAGACUGGACUUGUAGAGGGAGAAAACGCCAACAUUGAAAAACUCAUGGAUAGAUCUGGAGGUAACGGUGAAGAAAAAGGGAAAAAAAGAACUUGGAGAGAGAAGAUGCUAAAUUUGCAAACUAUUACAGACAGAUCUUGAGGUAACAAUGAAGAGAAGAGAAAAAAAGAACUUGUAGAGAGAGAAAACAAUAAACUUAGCAACUUUUAAAGACAGAUUUUGAGGUAAUGGUGAAGAGAAGAGAGAGAAAAUAAUAAACUUAGCAAUUUUAAAGACAGAUUUUGAGGUAACAAUGAAGAGAAGAGAGAAAAACAACUUGUAGAGAGAGAAAACAAUAAACUUAGCAACUUUUAAAGACAGAUUUUGAGGUAAUGGUGAAGAGAAGAGAGAGAAAAAGAACUUGCAGAAAGAGGAGAAAAUAAACCUAAGAAUUUAUAAGGACAGGACUUGAAAUUACAGUGGAGAUACAAACAACAAUACAAAAAACUGAUGUAACCUGUGAAUUUUUAUGUACCUCUCAGGAUAUAUACCAGAAAGAGAGAGAGAGAGGGAAAAGAACUUGAAGAGAGAGAAAUUUUUGAAGACAAGACAAGGCAACCAGCAAUACAAACCCUGAUGUAACUUGUGGAUUUAGUUACCUCGUAAAAUACAACAAAAAUGUACAAGAAUUUAUGAAGAUGACAAGAGUUGUGAGUAUAGGAAGGAAUUAAUGGAGGAAGAAGUGAAGUUUAGAUGAAAGAGAAAAUAUUAGUGACUUGUAAUGGAGAAUGAAAAGCUUACAAAGGAAAUGACAGGAAGUUUAUCAGCACUGGGUGGAAAAAAGGCUUAAGUGGUUUUGUUUGAGAAUAAAAAGCUUAAAGAGGAAAUUCCGAUAUGUUGUGAGUACUGGACGUAAAGAACAUAAGCUUACGGGAAGAACAAGAAUGCGUAUCAAAAAAUAAAUAAAUAAAAUAACUAAUCAAAGAAAUGUGAAAAUUGAAAAUAGAUAAAUGAAAAAAGAAAAUCAGUUUGUAGGAGUCAAAAGGAGAAGAAGAAGAACCAACAACAACAACAACAACAAUAAAAGAAGAAAUAGAUAAAAAGAAGAGAAUUAACUAACCAAAGAAACAUGAAAAGAAGAAAAAGAAAUAAAAAAAUCAGAAAUUUCAGUUUGUACCACUCAGAAGAAGAAGAAGAACAACAACAACAACAACAACAACAGUAAAACAAGAAAUAAAUAAAAAAAAGAGAAUUAACUAACCAAAGAAACAUGAAAAUAAGAAAAAGAAAUAAAAAAAUCAAAUUUCAGUUUGUACCACUCAGAAGAAGAAGAAGAAGAGCAACAACAACAACAACAACAACAAUAAAACAGAAGAAAUAAAUAAAAAAGAAGAGAACUAAUCAAAGAAACAUGAAAAAAAAGAAAUGAUAAAAAAAUAAACUAGAAAUUUCAGUUUGUACCACUCAAGAAGAAGAAGCAACAACAAGAACAAGAACAACAACAACAACAACAACAAGAACCAUAAACAACACAGGACAUUUUUACGAUAAUUUACCACAUUAUUUUCUUAUUACCACCUUACGUCCAUAAAUCAGCUAAGCUCUUUGUUAUUAUCAGCUUUCACUGCCUCCUCAGACCACAUAAUACUGCCCUCUCACUCUCUCUUCCUUUGUGUGUUGUUGUGUUUGCCAGAGGUGCUGUGUUUGUCUGUCUGUGGAAACUGUGCUGUGUGGCAAAAUGUUUCCUUGUUACUCUCUCUCUCUCUCUCUCUCUCUCUCUCUCUCUCUCUCUCUCUCUCUCUCUCUCUCUCUCUCUCUCUCUCUCUCUUUCUCUCUCUCUCUCUUAGGUUGAAUAUUACAAAGGCGACUGUAUCUUAUCCAGUACUCAAGUGUUAAGCUGCCAGUACCUCAAGACACAGAAGGUUAAGUUAUGUCUAGAAGAAUACAGUGGUGGUGUUGGUAAAGGUCGUCAGAUUGUUAGAUGUUUAAGAAGUGAGAGAAAACUGUUUAUUUCUAGUGUUUGGGGUUUGUCAAGUGUUAAAUUGUCAGUAUCUUAAGACACACAGAAGGUUGAUUUAUGUAUGAAAGAAACAGUGAUGAUGGUAAAGUCUGUCAGAUUGUUAGAUGUUUAAGAAGUGAGAGAAAACUGUUUAUUUCUAGUGUUUGGGGUUUGUCAAGGUUAAAUUGUCAGUAUCUUGAGACACACAGAAGGUUCAUUUAUGUAUAGAAAGAAGAGUGGUGCAGGCAUUGAUAGAAACUUAGAAAUUACGUCAAAUGUUUAUAUUUCUCGUUACCCAGUAUGUAAUGGGUAGUACACUGUCAAUACGCCAAGAUGUACAGAAGGUUAAGUUACGUAUGGAAGGAACAGUGAUGCAGGUGUUAAUAGAGACUUAGAAUUACGUUGAAUGUUACAAAGGUGACUGAGAACAUUGUAUCUUUUGUGUCUGAAUGUUUUAAGUGGUACAGUCUCAAUGCCUCAAGAUAUACAGAAGGUUAGAUUGUAUAGAGACAAGACCACAGAUGUAUUGGUAAAGAUUUAGAUUGUCAAAUGAUAGGAAGACAAAGAAACGUAUGUAUUUCUCUCAGUAUACGUGAAGUAAUAGAUUGUAAACACCCACAGACAUACAGGUUAGGUUACGUAUAGAAAUGAGACCAGAAAAGUAUUGGUAAAGGUUAAGAUUGUCAAAUGAUAGAAAGACAAAGAAAGGUAUGUAUUUCUCCCAGUAUACGAGAAGUGGUGCAUUGUAAACACCCACAGACAUACAGGUUAAGUUACGUAUAGAAACGAGACCAUAAACGUAUUGGUCAUAAACGUAUUGGUAAAGGUCAAGAUUGCCAAGUGAUAGAAAGUAGACAAAGAAAAGCAUUAUUUCUGUCCAGUAUACGUGAAGUGGUACAUUCUGAACACCCAUAGACACACAGGUUAGGUUAGGUAUAGAGAGAAGAAUAGAGAGGGAACCAGUGAUAGAUAAGAUUGUCAGAUGCUAGAAAAUAAACAACAAACAACACUUAGAAUACAUUAUAAACACCCAAAGACAUACAAAAGACUAGAUAAACAUAGAACCAAUGACUAAUUGAGGCAUUAAAAAAACACACACCAAUAUUACACCAAGCCACAUCUCACUGCACUAAAAAAACAUACAAUUAACUUACGUAUAUUUAUAAGAAAACUAAGAUUAACCCCAAAACUGUAAAUACGUAUUUUCUGAAGGGACGUUCUCUCCUGUCCGAGCGAUUAACUGAUUUCUAGUUCGCCGCAUGAUGUGUUAGUAAUAAGUGUGUUUUAACGUGUGUGUGUUGAACAAGAGAGAGAUUUUAAGUAGUGUGGUUUGCUUGGCUUGGAUUGAUAGAGAGGUGAGAAGGAGGUGGUGGUGGUGGUGAUGGUGAUGGUGGUGGUGACUGCUAAUGUUUGGAUGUGAAUAAUGAUAAUAGUGGUGUUUGAAAGGAAAGUGAGAAUAUGAUGAUGAUAAUUACGUUUGAUGGAGAUAAAAAGGAGAAAAUAAUUGUUUAGGAAAAUAAUGAUGAUGAUGAUGAAGAUGAAGACGUAAAAUGAUAAGACAAAAUGAGAAUGUGAAUUAAUGAUAAUGACAGAUGAUGAGGAAAUGAAGUAAUGAUGAAUAGAGGAAGAAAAUUGAUGAUGAUGAUGGUGGUGGUGGUGAUGCUUAUAAAAACUAAUUUGAAGCUCGAUGACUGAAAAUGUUCCAGAAUUUUUUUUUUUUUUUUUUUUUUUUUUUUUUUUUUUUUUUUUAGAUUUGAUGGUUCUUUUUUGUUUGUUUGUUUGUUUGAUGUGUCGGUGGUUCUUUUGUGGAUUUUUUUAUGUUUCUUUGUUUUCAUUUCUUUUUAUUUGUAAAUGGUGUAUAUAAAUUGUGUUUGUGUGGAAAAAAAUAAAUGAAAUGGUCAAACUUUGUAAUGCAUGGAAGGGAAAUUAAAUGACUCUUCAAAGUACAUAAGGAAAUAAGGAAAAAUAUUGAACCACUUUGAAAACUUGACAAAAAAAGGAAAAAAAACAAAGGAAAGAAAAUCGCAUGAACAUUUUUAAAUAUACAAGAGGAAAGACGAAAAAAAAGUAAUUGUACUAUAAAGGAAUGACGUAAAAAGACUGAAUUUGAGGAAGGAAGGAAAGAAAGGAAAGAAUUACAGAUUUGAUUUUCAUUGCAUAUUUUUUUGAGUGACGGAAAAAAAUAUGUGAAUGAUUUGAAAGACAAUUGUUGGAGGCUGUAAUGAGAGUGGAGUAGAAGAGAGAAGAGAGACAUAAAUUAAAUAAACUCUUAAUAUAACACAACAAUAUAUAGAAAGAGAUAUUUAUGUUACUUGAGAAAAAAAAUAUUGAACUGAAAUUAAGUUGGAAAUAGAAAUUGUUUUGUGAAUAAACAAUAAAUAAACAAUAAAUAUUACGCAAUAAAAACUGACGAGACAUUUACAUAGCUUGAAAAAAAAAAAAUAUUGCAACAGAAAAAUGAAGAUCAGCUGGAAAUUAAACAUGUAGUGAGAGAGAGACAGAGAGAGAGAGAGAGAGAGAGAGAGAGAGAGAGAGAGAGAGAGCAAAAUAAAACAUUCAAAACCUAAACAACAAUAACUAGGUUUUUAUACAGCUUGAAGAAAAAGAAUAUUGUAACACAGAAAGAAAGUAAAAUAAGAACAAAUGAUUAAUGGAAUGUAAUGAGAAAGACAAGCAAAAUAAGACACAAAUUUUACGUACUAAUAAUGAAAGGUGUUUACGUUUAAGGGAAAAAAAAAUAUAUAACAGAAGGAAAUGAAAGUAAGAACAGGUAAUUAAUGGAACCUAUAAUGAGAGAGAAGCAAAUUAAGACACUGGAAUUUUACGUACCAAUAAAGAAAGAUAUUUAUGCUUCUUAAGGGAAACAAAAAUAUAUAUUGUAACAUUAAAAGGAAGAAAAAUAAGAAAAGGUAACUAUUGAAACUUGUAUUGAAGAUAAAGUAGAAGAGAGAGAGAGAGAGAGAGAGAGAGAGAGAGAGAGACUGAAGUUUGCUGUACCAAUAAGCAGAGGAGGAGUUGCUUACGUAGCUCGACUUGGCAAGGUUGUCUGCUGUUCACAACAUUUUCUGGAUUAAUUUUCGACAUUUUUUUUUUUGUUGCAUUAUUUCUUUUAUUUUUUUUAUUUACUUUUUUUACUGUGGAUUAAAAACAAAAUGUGAAUAAUGAAUGAUGUUUUGUUUAUGUAUGUAUGUAAGUAUUUUUUUUUAUAUUUCAAUUUGUUAGUUACCAUAUGUUAUUGUACUCAUAGUUAACACACACACACACACACACACACACACACACACACACACAGUUCACAAUCAUUAGAGUAAGAAACUACAGGUAUGAUUCUUCACCUCAGUACGAAAAUAUAGAGCUUUGUCAAUGAGCGCUUGGUGAGGGUUAGGUUGUGUCAGGUCAGGUCAGGUCAGGUUGAAUCAGGUCAUUUGUAUCAUAGAAUUGUAAUGUUAUCACUACCUUGUGUCUGUCCUUACACACACACACACACACACACACACACAGAUAUAUUAUUGUUAGUAUAUUGAAAAAGAGAAAGGCUGAUAAUUUGAGAGAAGAAAAAAGACAUCUGAACAAACACACACACACACACACACACACACACACGAAUCUAUAUUGAAAAAGAGAGAAGCUGAAUAUUUUACAGAAAAGUGCAGAGAAAGAAAACAAAACACACACACACACACACACAGAGGUCAGGUCACGCAGUCCCCACACACCAGGUCCUGUCAAGGCGGUGGUGAAGGUGUUGGGUGGCAGUUUUGUGAGGUUUUGUCAGCUUGUUUACGAGGUGAUGUCCUGCCACCGUUAAGGCUUGAAAUACUAUAGAUCCUUUGGUUUUGUUUUUUUGUCUGAGAUUAACAACAACAACAAUAACAACAAAAAAAAGGUCAUUGUAGAUAUUCUUGGUAUUUUUCGUGUUUUUAUUUUUUUUGCUAUUUUGUAUUUUGUAUUUGUUGUGUCCGACUGACUAAUUCUUUUGUCGUUUGUAUUUCUGCAAGUUUGUGUUUUGUGGGUUCAUAGCUGACUGAUUAAACCUUUUUUUUCUUUCUUUUACAUAUAACACAAUGCCAUUAGAGCUUUACUAGUUUAAAAUAAUAAUAAUAAUAAUAAUAAUAUUAAUAAUAAUAAUAAUAAUAAUAAAUAAACCUAUAUUUUCAAAUCAAAGAGUAUAAAGAAUGUUACAAUAUAAAUAGUCUUAGCAACUACUACUAUUACUACUACUACUACAACUACUACUACUACUACAACUACUACUACAACUACAGUAUAACAACAAGAAGUACUGAUAGUUAUUUCAAUGGAGGUUUUUCUUAAGUCAGUCAAAUAAUUUCAGUGCCAACCCAAUUUUUUGUGGUACAAGCAACGAAUAAUACCAUCACCAGCACCACACAGACAGACAGACAGCCUCGGCACACUCCUACGUCCCUCUUGGCGGCCAGGCUUGUUAUGCCACACACACACACACACAGACACACACAGACACACACACAGGCACUGCAGUCCACCAUCAGUGACCGGGGUGUGGUGGUGUGUGGCAGUGGUGUGGUGGUGCCGUGAAGGAGAGGCACUGGUUCGUUGGGCGGGCACGGCGGCACUGGUCGGAGCUGCACAGAUUACGGUGUGUGGUGUUGCUGUGUUGCCGCCGCUGCUGCUCGACUCUACAAGCUUAAUAGAUGACGUGUUUGCCUUAUUCAUAAUUGGUACCAAGUAAAGUGUGUAAGGUGUUUUUAUAUGAAGUGUGUUGUUAGGGAGUUGAUAUUGUCAGAUGUAUGUACGUGUGUAUGUGUGCGUGUGUCUGCGUCUCUCUUGUUGUUGGCGAGACACUCCUUUUUCUCACCAUUGUAAGGGUCGGUAGUUUUUUAUGAAAAUAAAGUUAUGCUACUU